CCCUAACGCUAUUACUGCAGCCCUGAACAGCUGAUUGCACUUGUUGACCAAAAAGCAAUCCACGAUUUUGCAUUGGUUUCGGUAUAAAUUGCUUUUAAAUCGCUUUAUAAUGCUGGACAAGGUUAAAAAUGUUAUCGUAGUGCUAUCAGGCAAGGGAGGAGUAGGAAAAUCCACAGUGAGCACCCAAUUAUCGCUGGCACUGCGAAAAAACGGAUUUAAGGUUGGUCUGCUGGAUAUAGAUCUGUGUGGACCGAGUGUGCCAUAUUUACUGGGCCUGGAAGGACGGGAUAUAUUCCAGUGCGAUGAGGGAUGGGUUCCUGUAUAUACGGAUGAAUUCCAAACCUUGGCUGUGAUGUCCAUUGGAUUUUUGUUGAAGAACCGUGAGGAUCCGGUCAUUUGGCGUGGUCCCAAGAAGACCAUGAUGAUCCGUCAGUUCCUCACCGACGUCAGGUGGGAUGAGCUGGAUUACCUGAUUAUCGAUACGCCACCCGGCACAUCGGAUGAGCACAUCACCGUAAUGGAGUGCCUGAAGGAGGUUGGUUGCCACGGAGCCAUAAUUGUGACCACUCCGCAGGAGGUGGCCCUGGACGAUGUGCGCAAGGAGAUCACCUUCUGCAAGAAGACAGGCAUCAAUAUCCUGGGCAUAGUCGAGAAUAUGAGUGGGUUCGUGUGCCCCCAUUGCACCUCGUGCACCAAUAUUUUCUCGUCAAACGGUGGCGUCUCACUGGCCACAUACGCCCAAGUUCCACAUCUAGGAACUCUGCCCAUAGAUCCCCGAGUGGGCGUUUUGGCGGGCACCACUACGUCCGUCUUGGACGAGCUUCCGGAUUCCACGACAGCGGAGGUGCUGACGCAUUUAGUUGAGAAGUUGAAAACAAUGUUGGCCUCCUAAAUAAACACCAAAAUAACAAUUUUUUAAAU